CUAAUAUAGGCUGGCAAGAUCUAUAUGGUAUACUCCGGAGUGAGCACUGUUAUAGUUUUAAUUAUCAUCAGAUCCCUAAUAUAGGCUGGCAAGAUCUAUAUGGUAUACUCCGGAGUGAGCACUGUUAUAGUUUUAAUUAUCAUCAGAUCCCUAAUAUAGGCUGGCAAGAUCUAUAUGGUAUACUCCGGAGUGAGCACUGUUAUAGUUUUAAUUAUCAUCAGAUCCCUAAUAUAGGCUGGCAAGAUCUAUAUGGUAUACUCCGGAGUGAGCACUGUUAUAGUUUUAAUUAUCAUCAGAUCCCUAAUAUAGGCUGGCAAGAUCUAUAUGGUAUACUCCGGAGUGAGCACUGUUAUAGUUUUAAUUAUCAUCAGAUCCCUAAUAUAGGCUGGCAAGAUCUAUAUGGUAUACUCCGGAGUGAGCACUGUUAUAGUUUUAAUUAUCAUCAGAUCCCUAAUAUAGGCUGGCAAGAUCUAUAUGGUAUACUCCGGAGUGAGCACUGUUAUAGUUUUAAUUAUCAUCAGAUCCCUAAUAUAGGCUGGCAAGAUCUAUAUGGUACACUCCAGAGUGAGCACUGCUAUAGUUUUAAUUAUCAUCAGAUGCCUAAUUCUAACUAGCUUCUGAAUCCAGGUACAGUAACAGCUGGAGGAUUUGUAUUCUAACCUUUGUACUGUUGGGAUUCUAUGUUGUUCAAAUCUACAAUGGAGAAUUAACUUCAUUUCUCACAAGUAAAGAACCAACCCCACCUAUACAGAGAAUUGAAGAUAUUUUAACAGAAGAGAAGGAAAUGAAGCUUGCUCUACCUAAGGGAACUAGUCUAGUCACUCUUCUGCAGUUCUCAGAUCAGGGAAUAUUUAAGCAGCUGUGGGAGGAGAAGGUGGUAAACCAGGAGUUUGGACUUAUCAGUGUAAGCGUACAAGAUGAUUUCUGGUUAACAGUACUCCAGAAAAAGUAUGUGAUUGCAAACUUUGGAAAUGAUGCUCUUGAUUUCAUAAACAGACAUCCCUGUGAGGCAGAGAGGGUUCCUAAGGAUUUGAUAUUUCCAAUUCAGAUUGGACUUUUCCUUCAGAAGAAUGUGAAGUUCCUUAAUCUAUUCCAAUAUGAGCUGCAGCAAAUGCAUGAAACAGGAGUAGUGGAUACUAUUAUAAAAAAUAAUGACAGGAAAAGAGAAUCUCGAACAUGUGGACUCAUUGCUGAACUAACACUCAACUUCAAGAAUACAGUGUUUCUGUUUGUGUGUAUGGUGUUAGGGGCUGGAGCAAGUAUUGUCGUCUUCAUUCUUGAAUUAUUAUACAAGAACAUCUAUUGUCAGUCUAAAAAGUAAAAUAAAGAGUUUCAAAGUA